GUCGUUUUUCUUAUAUAGAAGACCACCUGUUUAGUGGAUGUGACAGGUCUGAGCACCCAUUUAGUGAAUUUCCUAUAAAUAUUUUGAUUCCUUGGACUUGAUUUUAGGAGGCCACAAAAAGCCGCAUAUUUGGCGGCAUAAAACGACAGAGCAUGACCGCCCAUCUGUAUUCCGGUUCUGUCGACCACAGAAUGCGUUAUUUUUGACUGCGACAUCAUAGAUUGCUUCACAAUCACUUUCACAGCCAAUAUUACCCACUGAUCGAGAGCAUUCUUGAGAUUCCUUAUAUUUUGACAUUUCCACACGACCUUGGUUUCACAAGAAUGUUCGCAUGCGGAACUGACUGUGACUGUGAGAUGAAAGAAACGAAUCAUGAGCGUCAAGAAUAUGCGAACAGUAAUCUGGACUUGACAUUCGAACUUGUUCUCCGGCUGCUUGACAUCACCAAGAAAACAGACUUUGCGCUUCCGAAGUUACGAGUCGGUUUGCAGCCCUCCUACUGCUAUGAGAUAUGAGAACCCAUAUCCCUUACUCUCCCUCCUUUUUCCAUCAUAAAAUCUCUUGACAGCCAAAUCAAAUCAAAUCGAACACAACAAAUAUAGCCAUGAUGGAAGACAUGAAGAAAGAACGUCACAGUAUGUGGUUUGGAGUUGCUGCUUUCAGCACUAUUGCUCUGGUGGCCAUGACCACAGAUAUUCCAGACGGCCAAGACCUCGGAGACCAGACGAAAGAACUUAAAUGGAGUGUGAGCGCCGCCAGUGUCGUCGUUGGUCUCUCUGCCCUCGCUUGGUUUGCUCAUUUUACGAAGGACAGAUUCGCUGGGACUCCGGUGGAAGGCGGCCUUGCAUUGAUUGCACUUGGCUUCUGGGCUGCGUGCCUACCCACAAUCAUGAAACCUGGACACCAAAUUGCCAUCAACAGAUUUGGCGGCAUUCAGAACCCCAACUUGUACUUCUUUUCUUGGGGAGCCUUUUUAGCAACUCUCGCCGUCUUUGUUGGCUUCAUGAAGGACGUGUACAAGCUCGGAAUGCCCAAUAAAGACACGAAUUUUAGUACAGGUAGAUGGGCUACGCUCAUGGCCACAAGCUUUGUCUUAAUGGCUUCUUCUAGCCGACUUUGGAAAAACAGCAUUAAAGACGUCUGCGAUGACGACGACGACCUGGACAUUUGCAAGCGCACAAAGUUAGCGGUAUCUAUUGGAACUAUCAGUGGCUUUAUCAGCCUUGUUUGGAUGGUCGUUGGCCCCAAGAUGCCCAAAUUUAUCGACAACAUAUUGAGCGUGUUCAUCCUUGCUAUGUGGUGCUUCGGAGUGGCCUACAUAACUUUCGAUGAGGGUCCGGGGACCGAAAUUGGCAACAUAUUCUUCAGCACAUGGGGCAGCUUUGCCAUCUCCGCCUUACUUUGUUCUGACGGAGUACAUUCGCUCUUGGGCAUGUAUACGAAUGAGGAAAAUACAGAGGAAGGUGAAAGUAACAAACCUGCAGAGGACAAACCGGUUGUGGAACAGGCGAAUGCUCCUUUGGAUGAAGAGAAUCAAGUGGUCACUGAGUAAAAAAAUAUUUUACUGUCAAGCAGUGUUGAUGUUUGCAUGAUAUUUGUCAAGGAAGCGCUGAUCGCGUCCAAGGUGUGUUCCCGUCGUAUUCACCGAGGCUGGAAUUUCCCUUGUAGUUAUCGGUAAUCGUAGUGGUUAUUAAAAAUAAGAAAAAGAAACAUAUCUCAAAUGUUU